GCCGAUCCCACCCGGCAUAUGACCUGGGCUCCAUGUCAGCCAGAGCGGGCAGCACCGACUUGCCAGCGCGCCGCACAUAGCCAGAGCGAUAACCUUCACAGAAGAGAGUUUCUACCGCCUUCCGAGGUGGCCAAGGCUGACAUGGACAGCACCAAAGCAGAGGAGGUUCUGCUGCAGUCAGUGAGGAAGGCUGGAGCCGCGGUGCCAAGGAAGCGAGCGGUGGGAAGGCUGGUCAUGCACAGCAUGGUGAUGUUCGGCCGGGAGUUCUGCUAUGCCGUGGAGGCUGCCUUUGUAACGCCGGUGCUGCUCAGUGUAGGGCUGCCCAAGAACCUCUACAGCCUGGUGUGGCUCAUCAGCCCUAUCCUGGGCUUCAUGCUGCAGCCUGUGGUAGGUUCAGCCAGUGAUCACUGCACCUGUAGCUGUGGCAGGAGGCGACCUUACAUUCUGGGUCUGGGCAUCAUUAUGCUGUUAGGCAUGGCUUUGUACCUCAAUGGGGACAUGAUGAUCUCAGCUUUCAUCGGUGAGAGACAAAAGCAGCAGACGUGGGCAAUAAUCAUUACCAUGCUGGGAGUAGUACUUUUUGAUUUUGCGGCUGAUUUUAUUGAUGGCCCCAUCAAAGCGUAUUUAUUUGAUGUCUGCUCUCAUGAGGAUAAAGAGAAAGGUCUGCAUUACCACGCCCUCCUCACAGGUUUCGGAGGAGCCCUGGGUUACCUGACAGGUGCUGUGGACUGGGGUCAAAUUAUGCUAGGAUAUUCCUUGACAUCGGAAUUCCAGGUGAUUUUCUUCUUUGCAGCCUUGGUUUUCCUAAUCUGCCUUGCUGUACAUCUACGCAGUAUUCCAGAAGUUCCACUCAGAUAUGAAAAUGAAGAGUCAAAGUUCUUGUUGGAAGUGACUGAAUCCUAUAAAUAUAGCUCCAUAGAGGAAGGAAUCAAGAAUGGUUGCUUAAAAUCAACAUGUACUGAAAAAAAGGCUGAAGCUAAACCAGGGAAAUGUGCUGUUGUAUCACAUACGGAGGAUCAAAGGCGGAUGACCCUUAAAUCACUCUUGAAGACACUUUUAAACAUGCCAUCCCACUAUCGCUGUCUGUGUGUGAGCCACCUCUUUGGAUGGAUGGCUUUCCUGUCCAACAUGCUCUUCUUCACGGAUUUCAUGGGACAGGUUGUAUACCAUGGUAGUCCUUAUGCACCUCGUAACUCCACGCUUUACCUUUCCUACAGAAAAGGAGUAGAGAUGGGAUGCUGGGGGCUGUGCAUCAAUGCAAUUUCUUCAUCAGCCUAUUCUUACAUACAGAAAAUCCUCCUGCCACACCUAGGAUUAAAGGGACUUUAUUUCAUCGGAUACCUACUUUUUGGAUUGGGUACUGGAUUAAUUGGCUUGUUUCCCUAUGUCUAUUCCACUCUGGCUCUAUGUUCCCUCUUUGGCAUCAUGUCCAGCACUCUGUAUACAGUGCCGUUCCACCUCAUUGCAGAGUAUCACAGAGAAGAAGAGAGCCUGAAGCUGCAGGACGGGGAACAAGCUGGACAGCAUGGGCGAGGGAAGGGCAUUGACUGUGCUGCUCUCACCUCCAUGGUCCAGCUGGCCCAGAUCAUUCUCGGUGUAUGCCUGGGGCUCUUGGUCAGUGUUGCUGGCAGCACGGUCACUGUCAUUUCAGCAUCUACGGUGGCACUGAUCGGCUGCUGCUUUGUUGCUUUUUGUGUACACUAUGUGGAGUAGGACUGUGUGAAGUGAUUGGAAGGAAGCUCCCCAGGGGAGCGUUUUCUUUCUGGGUCAGUAGCACUGGUGCUGUUGCUGCACGUCCUCCUCACUUACCUCCUUGGAGCAGUUGCAAUUCCAGAGCUUUACUAAAUGGAGACUUGAUAAAACUGGUUGCUUAAUGCCUCAGAUUUAAAUCUUAUGUAUUUCGACUGCUUUGUUACUUCAUUCCCACUGACCUCAGUGUAUGAACGCACUAUUACACAUGACAGCGUGUGCCCAUGGUAACUCAAUGCCCUACAUGAGGAGUCAUUACAAAACUCCUCAUUACCAAUUUAUGCAAGUUAAUAGAGAAAGUAUGUCAUAAACUGAAAAAGUAAUAAAAAUGGACAGUUAGGAAGAAAGUUGUUAUUUAUCUUGUUUUUCAAGUAUCUUAAUUUUGGGGAUAUUCCUUCUGGUAGUCAAAAGCUGAAGGAGGAUCAAACAGCGGCCAUGCAGGACGCAAUCGUGUUAUGAUUAGUAGUAAUGUUAGUAGCAAAGAGCAGUUAGUUCCCAGCUACUGUCAAAAGCAGACUUGAGUGUUGAAGAUGACUGAAAUAUAAAAAGAUUGAAGCCUAUUGUUUAAAAGCAUAACUGUAAAGUAAUUAUUUUAUGCUGGAUCCUGCUGCUUCUGCAUAAAUGAAAGUACUGACGGAGCUUGUCAUGAACGUUUGCCCAAGGCUGGUCUUCAAAUCCAUGUGUAGGCACCUAAACAAUCCAUCUAUGGGAAGCAGGUGCUGUUUCUUCCUUCUUAAAAAGCUGGCCUCUUGACUUUGAUAUUGUAGUUGAAAAAAUAAACUUGGCCAAAACAAGAAUUUUAUGAAUGGCUGUAAGCCACAUAAAUCUUGACAUUGGAUAUGACAGUAUUUACCUUAAAGUAACCUCUCUCUUUUCUCUAUUUUCCUUCGUGCUUCUAGCUUCAAGUGAAAUGGCAUUUGCUCUUUACAUAAUAUUGUAAACAAAUUCAGUUCUGCAAAGCAUUAUCAGAAAUUAUUGUACAGUAAAUACUUAAGUCCAGUUAUUUGUAUUUAAUUGCAUAUGAAGCUUCAUUCUUAGUUUUAUAAUAUUGCCAGAGUUUUGAAAAUCCUGUGUUUGUGAAAGUGACAUGCUGUAUUUAUCCUGUGCUCCCUCUGUCCUAAAACCUGCCAUAUCCUUUUGCUGUGUUAUAUGCUAAGCCACAUGAAGCCAUCUGCUAAUGCAAUAUUGUUAAUGAAUGGUGACGCAGAGAGACUGUUGCCAGGUAUGAUGUUUGUUUGGGUUUUUUAAAUGUUGCACAUGUAUAAUCAACCCUGUACAGUCAAAUGCACUGUUGAGCUGAUCAGCUCUUAGAAGCCCUGCAUGGUACAGACUGAAAACACCACAAAUAAAUGGCUAGAUUUGAGCAUGUAGUGGCUCUGCAGAGGUGCACCAACUUCGUCCUUUUUCUGUGUUUUCAAGAGUAGAGCGAGCCAUUUAUUCUAAGGAAAAAAAUUUCCCCUAGAUAAACUCUUAUUAAUUAUAACAAGCUUAUGGAAGCUCCACCUACCUUUUCCUGAUAAUGAUUGUGUCUCCACUGUCAGUGCAUGGCAAACCUUAUGAUUCUUCACAGCUCCUUUAACCUGCCUUAUGAAGAAGCCAUGUUUUAUGGUUUCUUUAAUUUUAUGGCUCUUCGCGAACCCAUCUGAUGUCACACCCAUGGAAGAGAAAAGCUUGGAAGAGACUGAGCCUCUGCCCUGUGCUUGGAACACUUUGUAGGUGCUGAUAUGGCUGGAGCACAAGCACAAGAAGAUCAGAAAGAUUUUCUCAAUUCACUUUAUGCCAUUGUUAACUCACUAACUUCCAUUAACUCACUAUCUCCUGGGAGAAGGAAUUUUUAAGGGAAGAGAAAGGCUUUUGUGGAGCCAUAAAAAUAGAGAAAGGAGGAGGUGAUCUUGUUUUAUAGGACUGCAGGACUUGAAGCAUCUACGUUUAAAUAAAAUUUGUUGAAUUUCA